CUCCGAUCCGAUCCCCGGCAACUUAUUGCGGUACAAGAACAGAAGACAAUGUCGGAACAAGAACCCACCCCCGCCGACCUCGCCGCGCGCGAAGCCGAGGAACACGCCCGCAAGGCCGCCGAGCAGGCCGAGCAGGCCCAGCUCCCCUACAAAUGGACGCAGACCAUCCGCGACGUCGAGGUCACGAUCCCCGUGCCGGGCCACCUGCGCGGCCGCGAUCUGGAUGUCGUGCUCACCAAGACGAAGAUCAAGGUGGCGGUUCGGGGGCAGGAGGCUAUUAUUGAGGGCACCUUCCCCCACCCGAUCGUCGUGGACGAGAGCUCGUGGACGCUGGAGACGACCGCGCACCCGCCGGGCAAGGAGGUGGCCGUGCACCUGGACAAGCUCAACAAGGUGGAGUGGUGGCCGCAUGUGGUGACGGGGGCGCCCAAGAUCGACGUCAGCAAGAUCACGCCCGAGUCGUCCUCGCUGAGCGACCUGGACGGCGAGACGCGCGCCAUGGUCGAGAAGAUGAUGUACGAUCAGCGCCAGAAGGAGACCGGAGGCUUGACCAGCGAUGAGCAGAAGAAGAUGGAUAUUCUGAAGAAGUUUCAGGCUGAACAUCCGGAGAUGGAUUUCUCGAAUGCGCAGAUUGGUUGAGUUUGGGGUGAGGGGGUUGAGUGAGGGUGUUGUGUAUGAAGUAAUGAUUGCAUGCGUUGGUGAUGUUUGAGUCUUGUGCUCUGUACGCUGUACUCCGUACUGUGGUUGCAUUGGAGUUUUAAGAAAUGAUGCAUAAAAUGAUGGUGAUUGAAUACGAGGGUGCUUCUUCGGGACUAGCGUGUCAGCCUUACUGCGUCGAUGGCCUCCAUCGCUGGCUUGUCUUCCCCUCAGUGUUACCUAUCCCCAUGCCUUGUCGUUGCAAGCAUUGUUGCAAGGU